GAGAUUCCCAAAACGACACCGUAUCACGCAAUCAUCUCAUCAAAGCCCUCCCUCCACCGCGCUUCCGAACGCAUCAAAUCAAUCAUCACGCUCUUCUCUCUAGAGCUGCUGCGUUGCUAAAACGCACCGGUUUGUUCCUGUUCUCGUUCAAAAGAAAACUGACACAAGUGAGGCUUGGUGCAUAAACAGCAAUGGCAGAAAAACCCCAACCGGUUCGGGUUCUCUACUGCGGCGUGUGCAGUUUGCCCCCCGAAUACUGCGAAUUCGGAUCCGAUUUCGAGAAAUGCAAACCCUGGUUGAUCCAAAACGUCCCUGACCUAUACCCUGAUCUUCUCAAAGAGAAGGAAGCUGAUAAAGUUGCUGACAAACUACAAAGUACGGGUAUAUCUGGAGCUGGUGAUGGAGCUGCUUCCUCAGCACCGAAGCAAGAAGAGGUGAAGCGUCUUCCUGGUGGGAAGAUAAAGAAAAAGGAUAAGCAAGAGGUUGUUAUUGAGAAGGUCGUACGUAACAAGCGAAAGUGCAUCACCACUGUGAAGGGACUGGAACUUUUUGGUGUCAAGCUCAGUGAUGCUUCCAAGAAACUCGGGAAAAAGUUUGCUACUGGAGCCUCUGUUGUCAAGGGACCUACUGAGAAAGAACAAAUUGAUGUUCAAGGGGAUAUAGCUUAUGAUGUUGUGGAGUUCAUUACAGAUACAUGGCCUGAUGUUCCUGAAACAGCAAUUUUCUUUAUAGAAGAUGGGAGAAAGGUCCCAGCUGCUUGAUUUUGAUAUCCUGGCAUUAAAACUAAGGACUGAUUGCAAGACUCUGCUAUAUUACUGUAAUCCCCCACCCCACUUUUUUCCCUUCUCAUAUCCCCCAAAAAAGAACAUAGUGUGGCCAUGGUGGACAUCAACAUAUGUAUUUUUAGUCGAACGAUUAUUUAAUUAGUGGUGUGUAGAGGCAAAAAGAAGAAAGGUUCGUUUGCAUCAAUUUUGUAUUCUCAUCGAGGUUUUAUUUCUUCAAAGGAUGCUAAUUUGUGGGAAUAAGUCUCUGCUUGCAUUAAUUGCCAAGCUUAAAUCUAGGGUUUAGUUAGUGUCUGAACAUAAAACCAGAAAUUAAACCAGAAUUAGAGUGCUUGAAUGGUUUA